GGGGAGGGGAGCGACAGCCGCUGCCUCUCAUCCCCUCCCACGGGAGCAGGAGCCAGAGCUCUAAUCUACCUUGUUUAAAGGAAAAGAGCAUCCGUUUGGCUCAUUCUGGCAAUCUUCAAGUUCCAAAGGCUUCUGUUGAAGGAAUGAAGCUUUAAAAAGGAACUUACAAAAUAAGAAAAUGGGUGCAAACAGUAGCAGCAUUUGUGAGCUCCCAGAAAAUGAGUACUUAAAAAGAUUAUCGGGAGCCGAGGCUGUCUCUGAGAAUGACCCAUUCUGGAAUCAGCUGCUUUCUUUUAGCUUUACUGCCCCAACAAGCAGUGCUGAGUUAAAGCUGUUGGAAGAAGCCACCAUCUCAAUCUGCAAGUCUUUAGUUGAGAACAAUCCUCGAACAGGAAAUCUUGGGGCAUUGAUUAAAGUCUUCCUUUCCAGAACCAAAGAGUUAAAAAUUUCAGCGGAAUGUCAAAACCAUCUUUUUAUUUGGCAGGCCCACAAUGCAUUGUUCAUUAUUUGCUGUUUGUUAAAAGUGUUCAUAUGUCAGAUGUCAGAAGAGGAACUGCAACUUCAUUUUACUUACGAGGAGAGAAUGCCAGGCUCAUAUGGAGUGGAAUGUGAAGACCUUAUAGAAGAGUUGCUGUGUUGCCUCAUUCAGCUCAUUGUUGAAAUUCCCCUUCUAGACAUAACAUACAGCAUUUCCCUGGAAGCUGUGACGACACUUGUUGUCUUCCUUUCCUGCCAACUAUUUCACAAGGAAAUUCUGCGAGAGAGCGUCAUUCAUAAAUACCUGAUGCGUGGCCGAUGUCUCCCAUACACCAGCAGACUUGUGAAAACAUUAUUAUAUAACUUCAUUAGACAAGAGAGAAGCCCUCCCCCAGGUUCCCAUGUCUUCCAGCAGCAGACAGAUGGAGGAGGAUUGCUUUAUGGUUUUGCAUCUGGGGUGGCAACUGGCCUGUGGACAGUAUUCACGUUGGGUGGAGUAGGAAGUAAACCGGCACCACAGCAGGAACAGUCAUCACCUUUAGCUAAUCAGAGCCUUCUGCUUCUGCUUGUGCUCGCUAAUUUGACUGAUGCUCCAGAUACACCAAACCCGUACAGACAAGCUAUUAUGUCCUUCAAGAACACACAAGAAUCAAGGGGUACGUCUACACUAGCUGCCGGAUCAACGGGUAGCAAUCGAUCUAUCGGGGAUCAAUUUAUCGCGUGUAGUGUAGACGCGAUAAAUCAAUCCCCGAUCGCUCUCCCGUCGACUGCUGAACUCCAGCUCGGCAAGAGGCGGAAGCAAAGUCGACGGGGGAGUGGCGACCAUCGAUCCCGCGCCUCGAGGACACGAAAUAACACUGCUUUUCCUUCACCAAGUCCACAUGCUUUCCAGAUUAAUUUUAACAGUUUGUACACAGCUUUGUGUGAACAGCAGAAAUCUGAUCAAGCAACUCUCCUUUUAUACAUAUUACUGCAUCAGAACAGCAAUGUUCGGACAUAUAUGUUGGCCCGCACUGAUAUGGAAAAUCUUGUUUUGCCAAUUCUUGAGAUUCUCUAUCAUGUUGAAGAAAGGAAUUCACACCAUGUUUACAUGGCUCUUAUAAUUUUGUUGAUCCUUACAGAGGAUGAUGGCUUCAAUCGAUCCAUUCAUGAAGUGAUAUUGAAAAAUAUCACUUGGUACUCAGAGCGUGUUCUAACCGAGAUUUCACUGGGGAGUCUCCUGAUACUGGUGGUGAUAAGAACCAUUCAGUACAACAUGACAAGGACAAGGGACAAAUACCUUCAUACAAAUUGUCUGGCAGCCUUAGCAAAUAUGUCAGCACAGUUCCGCUCACUUCAUCAGUAUGCUGCUCAGAGAAUCAUCAGUUUGUUUUCUUUGUUGUCUAAAAAACACAACAAAGUUUUGGAGCAAGCCACGCAAACCUUGAGAGGUUCCCUCAGUUCAGAUGACUCUCCACUUCCUGAUUACGCACAAGACCUGAAUGUGAUUGAAGAAGUGAUCAGAAUGAUGUUAGAGAUUAUCAAUUCCUGCUUGACAAAUUCUCUCCAUCACAACCCCAAUUUGGUGUAUGCACUGCUUUACAAGCGGGAUCUGUUUGAGCAGUUUCGAACUCACCCUUCCUUCCAGGACAUAAUGCAAAAUAUAGACCUGGUGAUCGGCUUUUUCAGCUCACGGUUAGAGCAAGCCGGAGCCCAGCUGUCAGUGGAGAGAGUUCUGGAAAUUAUCAAACAAGGAGCUGUUGCAUUGCCCAAAGACAGACUAAGAAAAUUCCCAGAACUGAAGUUUAAGUAUGUGGAGGAGGAGCAGCCUGAAGAGUUCUUCAUCCCCUAUGUCUGGUCCCUCGUGUACAAUUCUGCUGUGGCCCUGUACUGGAACCCACAGGACAUCCAGCUUUUUACUAUGGACUCUGGCUGAGGGAGAAGCAGCUAAACAGCAGAGCCAGCUCUGCUCUGUCUUAUCACAGGCAAAGAAACUCGAAACUGCGUGUGAAUACGUGACCC